CAAAUCGAGCGAACGCAGUAGUUAUUUUGGAAGAUGAAAAACAUGGUUACCGAUUGCCAAUCCCGUUCGAAAAUCCAUCUUGGCGUAUUUUUUAUUGCACUAGUGCUCCUUGUUGUUUUAUUAGUUCAUCCGAGAACAGAAAUUUACAAUUAUUACCAACAAUCACAACGAAAUCAAUUGGACACUAAUGCUCUGAGUAAGUCCGGAGUUCCGGUCGUGAAUCACAAUUACAAUUUAAUAGGAGACGAUGUUCGAUUCGGCAACUUGAGCCAGUUUUUCGGGGGCCAAGUCAAAAGUGAAUGCACUUUAGAUUAUAUGAACAGCAAGAAAUUGCAACAGGAUCAUCCCUGCGUUAUCGAGACGAUCCGGCAACAUUACUUGAAUAAACCAUCACCACCGAACAUCCAACUGAAAUUGGAUUCUGACGACGAUAAGGACCGAUCGCCUGGUCAAACGGGUAUCAUUUUCAGGCUCUUGAAAAAUAAGACGAAUGGAUUCUUCGUAGAAUGCGGAGCCCUUAAUGGUGAAUACAUGUCGAACUCACUCGAUUUGGAAAGGAAAUAUAAUUGGGGCGGAAUACUGAUCGAAGCCAAUCCAAUUACUUUCCAAAAACUUCUGUCACGUAACAGAAAAGCGUGGACGUUGCCCAUCUGUCUUAGUUUAGAACCAUAUCCUACCGAGGUUACCUUUCAGCCAAAGAACGGUGAUCCUGGACACAGCCAUAUUGAAGGGGAAGCUGAAACAUUACAGAAACCUGGAAUACCGGGCGUCGAUCCUGAUGCGGUUAAAGUUCAGUGUUUUCCGUUUUAUUCCGUUUUGUUGGCAGUGGGGCGGACAGACGUGGAUUUUUUUAGUCUCGACGUCGAAGGACACGAACUGCAAAUUCUUAAGACCAUCCCCUGGCACAAAGUUGACAUUAAGACAUUGACUGUUGAAUGGGACAACAUGCCGGAAGGCCAAGAGGCGUUGUCUCGUUUUAUGGAAGACAGUGGGUUCAUGAGGAUCGGUGCAUUUGAUUUUAAGUUCACCAGAGAUGUCAUCUUCGUUAAAGAUUUGAUUAAUAUCUGAUGAACAAUUCGGUGUUUUACUAGUCUCUUGUCCACUGACCGGAUUUUGCAAUGCAGGUCCUGUUUCAAUUGAUGCAAAAUA